GUAGAAGGACGAAAUUAAAGGUCAGAAGAGACUGUUAAUGUAACCAUAAAGAUUUGAGUUCUACUGUACGCAAACACUCCUCUUCCUUGCUGCUAAUCCGCCAGGUAAACAAGCGUUGAGCAUAUACUCUGUUGAGCUGAGAAAACUCACUUUUCUCUAUCUCUUUUGUACAGUAUAAUGUGCUCACUGAUCAACCACACCCACACAUUCUGGUCUUUACUGGUAAUCUAUCUAGUCAGUAAAGGGUAAACAGUUUGCACUGUAGUACUGUAGAAGAACUAGGUAGGAGGAUCAUUGUUACCUCAACUCACUGAAGAGAAACUGAAGUGGAGAGACUUACAGUACCGCAGCACUGAACAGACGCACAUAACAAGAAUCUGUUUUCUACAAGUAUCCACCAGUUAGAGGAGAAUAUCAAUAUUAAAAUAUACAGUGAAAAAAUGGCUUCCUGCAGUAGUCUCCUGACUGAAGAGCAAUUCCUGUGUUCUAUCUGUCUGGAUGUGUUCACUGAUCCUGUCUCUACUCCAUGUGGACACAACUUCUGCAAGGCCUGUAUCACUAAGUACUGGGACAGCUGUGACCUGUGUCAAUGUCCCAUGUGUAAGGAGAAGUUCUAUAGGAGACCUGAGCUUCGUGUCAACACUUUCAUCUCUGAGAUGGCUGCUAAGUUCAUAAAGUCAGUGAAAGGUAAACCCAACAGCCAAUACCUACGACCAGCCAGAUCUGGAGAAGUGUCAUGUGACAUCUGUACAAGUACCAAGCUCAAGGCCCUGAAGUCCUGUCUGGUGUGUCUGGUCUCUUACUGUGAGACUCACCUGGAGCCUCAUCAGAGAAUUGCAGCCUUGACAAAACACAAACUGGUCGACCCUGUGGAGAAUCUGGAGGACAGGAUGUGUCAGGAGCAUGAGAGACCCCUGGAGCUGUUCUGUAGGACUGACCAGGUCUGCUCGCAGCGGCUCCCUGCCGCACCCAACGGAGACAUCGUCUCGACAUCCGAGCAGGGAGCAGCAAACGCAUUCCCCCUACGAAGCAAUUCCCAGGUCAACAACGCCGGUGUGCACUCUUCCUUUACCAAGGAGGAGGACAAGGUGAAGGGCAAGAAGAAGAAGAAGAGACAGACCAAGGCUGACAUCGGCACACCAAGCAACUUCCAGCACAUUGGACAUGUAGGCUGGGACCCCAACAUAGGAUUUGAUUUGAACAACCUGGACCCAGAGCUGAAGAACCUGUUUGACAUGUGUGGCAUCUCGGAGGCCCAGCUGAAGGACAAGGAGACAUCCAAGGUCAUCUACGACUUCAUUGAGAAGAAGGGAGGAGUGGAGGCCGUCAAGAACGAACUCCGGAGACAAGCCCCCCCACCCCCGCCCUCCAGAUAUGGUGCUCCGCCCCCGUCCCCCCACCACGGCUCAGCCCCCCCACCCCCGCCCUCCAGAGGUGGUCCUCUGCCCCACCACCACGGCUCAGCCCCACCUCCGCCUCCCCCUGCCUGGGGCCGAAGGGCCCAUCCACCCCCUCCACCGUCAUAGAAUGUGUGAGUGUCUGUUUGUAUGUGUGUGUGUGUGUGUGUGUGUGUGCGUGAGGGGGGAGGGAUGAUAUGAAGAAGUCAAAUGAAAGGUGCCAUUUUCAUGCACCUAGCCACAGUGGAACAAAUGCUAUUUGUCUGUGUAAAAUAUUAAUUAUGAUUGUUCACCAACUGGGUGUAAUAGUUGAAACUUUUUAAAAAUUAAAGGAAUAGCUAGCAACAACUAUUCCUCUAUUGUACAACCUGAAAGAAAGAUAACACUUCAAUUAAGACAACAUUUUAAAUACAUUUGUUUUCAUUUAUAAGAAUGUGGAUGUUAAGAACGAACUCCGGAUAGACGAUGCGUCAUUAGAACCUCUAAAUUCAGUCUUGCCCCCAGAUUCCAGAGUCACUUCGCUGUGGACCUUGCCACUGUCAGUAAUGCAUAUAUGAAUAGACACAUUUAAGGGAAUCUUCAAUAAAACAGUGCCCCCCCUUGUAAUCACAACAGAGAGCAGCCUGUAGAAGUCAACUAGCCAGAUCAUGGUAACACUACACUUGUUGAAAGACAAUUUUUACAUACAAGUAUAUUUUGAAUCCUGGCACAAUCAUAGUAAUAGACUGAACCCACAAAAUGUGUGCUUUUCCUUGUAACUCCAUAGUUGAAAAUGUCAGACUUUCAAAGAUUUGUUCAAACUGUAGAACUAGAGACUUUGUCUCUUAAAAGCAGCGGAGAUAUGAGGAAAUAUAUAGUGUGCAAUUGUUUAGAUGUGAAUUAUUCUCGACCAUGUUAGUGGAUCUGAUGUUCGUUCACUUUUAUGUCCAUUGCAGGUGUGGAAGAAAUUGGGAUUUCCUGUGUGCUUACAUUAUUCACAAAUCAAUAAAACUAGUCAUUGGAUACAAGUUAGUAUGUUCUUAUGUAAGCUUUCUACAAAUAAGAGUAGAUUCUUUCUAUGUGUCAGGGUUGAUAGAUGUUCGGGGUCAGGAGAAAGUACUGGCUAAACGUCCCUUGUCAUGACUACCAGAAGAGCUCCAACUUUGAUCUCUCUAGUCUGAGAGUGGUCAUGAAUUCAGGAACAUGAGAGGUGCAAUGACCACUAAGGUUUUUCUAGUGCAUCAUAAAUGGUGGAGCUAGUUCUGGCAUGGCAUUCAGACUGUGCGUCAUGUCAUCAGCUGAUGUCACUCACACAAUCACCUGCAGGUGUGUUAAUUGAAGGUUUCUACCUUCCCCCUAAUGCUGGGUACACACCACAAGAUAAUCGGGCUGAUUUGAACCGAUUUCCCCCUUCCGACAAUCCUAUGUUAUGUCACGCCAAUCCUAGGUAAUGUCCCGAUUAUCUAAAUAAAAAAUGUCUUCAGAUUUUCCCUUGGUGUGAGGUGUGUUAAGAGUGAACGAACUUGCUCGGAAGAAUCGUAAAUAUUCAGUAUUUACGAUCAGAAAUCCUGAUGUGUGGGGGGAACCCCGAGGACAAACACCCACAUAUUUUUUUGUUUGUGGUCUCUCACAUUUGAAAAUCUUAAAAGAUUUUAAAAUCCUUUAGUGAGUACCCAGCAUUAGACGACUUGAAUACUGCAUACCUUCACAGACCCAGACACACAUGCUCACACAUCAUGUGUUACUGUGUACCUGCAUAUUUUGCUGUUGCUGCCACCCUCCACCAUCCCCAGCUUCUCCAUACUGUCUUCCGGAUCAUCACUACAGGAUGUUGUUAAUGCUCUGUGAAGCCUGUUGACUUUGUUUGUUAAAAAGUCUAAACCUUAAGUUUGAUGUGCUAAGAUUGUGCUAUGCUAGCUGCUCCAAGGCAGAACGUUCAGAUCAGUGAAGAGUAUCUUGACUGAAAUGUAGAUAACAUACACAUGCUCACUCUGCACACACGCAUAAACACAUCUUACACACACUUAUGUUCACUUCCAUUCACCACUGUCUCUCUCUGUCUUAACUUUUUAUUG